AUGAAGUAUAAAAACUUAAGAGUCUGGAGUGUUUCUCUGGCUUCACCAUUUCCAAUGGUAGUCAUAUAUUUGACUUUUACUGCCAGUCAAAAGUGGCGCUUUGACUUGAUGAUGAUGUUGACAACUAUCGAGGAAGCUAAACCACCACAAACAUGA